UGGGUGUGUUUAGAGCAUUAGUAAUGAUUUCUCAUAGCCAUUCAGACUCAGAGGUAGAGCCACCUUGUGGUUCUGAAACAAGAGCUUCAACAGCAGAGAAGCUUUACCAAACUUUUAUUAUCUUUGUACCAGUCUCCUCCGCUUUCAUCAUCCUCUUCUUCUUCUAUAUUUGCUAUCUACGCCGUCAAAGGGCCAAUUCGUCCUCUCUUCAAAUACCACCAUCUUAUGCCAACAACAAUGAUAUCUCCAGGUCUGAAUUGGGCUUGAAGAAAGAACUGAGAGAGAUGCUACCCAUUAUUGUAUACAAGGAGAGCUUCUCCAUCAGAGAUUCACAGUGCUCAGUAUGCCUUGUGGAGUACCAAGCAGAGGAUAGGCUUCAACAUAUACCUGCAUGUGGCCAUACAUUUCACAUGGACUGCAUUGAUUACUGGCUUGCUACUCACACCACCUGCCCACUCUGCCGCCUCUCACUAGUUCCUGCUAGUAAAUCUUCAACUGAACUACCUCAUUUAAAUGUUGAAUCUGGUCAUGAAUUUUCUGUGGCAGUCAAUGCAGUGGCGACUCCAGGAAAUUUUUUCAGGGUGUUCCUUAAUAAGCAUAAAUUACACAAUCUAAUAAAAAGAAAAUUUUAUAUAUUGACAACAACAACAAUCAAAAAAUACACAAAUACAUAGAAUUUACAAUUGCUU